GGCCAUUUGAGGCGAAAUGGUUCCGGGCGAGAGAGGAUCAGGCGGUGGCAAUGGAGGGGCCGCCGCCAUCUCAGGCUGUCCGUAAGGAAAAAGCCUGAGGGGCCCUCGCAGUCUUUGAAGCCUGCGCUUUCUUCCUUUGCCGGGCCCUGCCUACCGCGAAGAUGAGUUCGGUCCCUUCUUUCGAGAAGGAGCAUCUCUGGAUGUAUCUGCGGGCGCUCGGCUUCGAGCCGGGCUCGGCGACCAUAGCCGGUGGAAAGAUCGUGUCGCACACGCACCUCGGAGUGAACAUGUUUGACAAGUUGAACCGUGAUGCCUUUCAGAUAGUUUCUUAUUUUUUGUUUCAAACGCUUGACCAGUCUCUCACUAAAGAAGUUUUCAAACUUUGUUGGCCUCCAUUUGACCAAAAAAGUGAUACUGAAUUCCGAAAACAUUGCUGUGAAUGGUUAAAAAAGAUUUCUGCUGAAUGUGGAAGUAGCUUCCCUCAAGUUGUUGGUUCACUAUUUCUUUCUCCUGGUGGUCCUAAGUUUAUUCAUCUAAUGUAUCACUUUGCAAGAUUUGUUGCAAUAAAUUAUAUAAAAACCCAUUCUAAAAAUUCUUCUGUACAUUUUACAGAGACAUUUAAUGUAAAGCCACAAGAUUUGCACAAGUGCAUGGCCAGAUGCCAUGUAGCACGUAACAGAUUUUUACAAAUUUUGCAAAGAGAAGAUUGUGUUACUCGAAAAUACCAGGAAAAUGCACAAUUAUCAGUUAAACAAAUAGAAAAUUUGAGAUCAGAAUGUAUAGGACAGCAAAACCAGAUAAAAAAAAUGGAACCUUAUGAUGACCAAAGUAAUAUACAAGAGAAAAUUCAAAAGGUUCGGUCUUUGUGGGCUUCAGUGAAUGAAACACUCAUGGUUUUGGAAAAAGAGAGAGAAGUUGUUAGUUCAGUCCUUAAUGUUGUUAACCAAUAUACUUUAGAUGGAACUAAUGUUGCUAUCAAUAUUCCAAGGCUCUUACUUGACAAAAUUGAGAAACAAAUGUGUCAGUUGCACAUAGGAAAUGUUUAUGAGGCUGGAAAAUUGAAUCUCUUAACAGUUAUUCAGUUAUUAAAUGAAGUCUUGAAAGUAAUGAAAUAUGAACAUUGUCAGGGUAACCAAGCACGACUGACGGUAGACCUUCACUUCCUUGAAAAAGAGACCAAAGUUCAGAGAGAAAGAUUGUCAGAUCUGAAGCAUAUGAGGUAUAAAAUAAAAGCAGAUCUCACAACUAUAAGACAUUCUAUUGUUGAAAAACAAGAAGAAUGGCAUAAAAAUUGGAAAGAAUUUCUCGGCCUGUCUCCUUUCAGUCUAAUUAAAGGUUGGACUCCAGCUGUGGAUCUUUUACCACCUAUGUCUCCCCUUUCGUUUGAUCCUGCCUCAGAAGAAGCAUAUGCGAAGAGUAUUCUUUUGCAGUACCCUGCUUCACUUCCAGAUAAACGUAAGCAACAUAUCCAGGAAAAUGAUUGCAGAAGGGCAAGUGAUAUACUGGAAACUAAAUGUGAUCUAGCCAACAGCCCUGCUUCUUUCCUGUUGCAGCCUGUUUCACCAUCAGAUAGAAACAGUGUUACACUACUUGAAAAGGACACGAAGUUGACGACUCCUAGAGAGAAAAAUGAAACAGUUUCUAAGAAAACACCAGAAUUUGAUGCGGAGGACUCUUCAUCAUCAAAUAUUGCAAAGAGUAGUGCACUUGGAGGGUCUCUGCCAGCCAAAAACAGUGAUCCAUUCCAAAAAGAGCAAGAUCAUCUGGUAGAAGAGGUUGCAAGGGCAGUUUUAUCUGAUUCACCACAGCCUUCUAAAGGAAAAGAAGUAAUAUUAGAGGAACUAAUUGACUCUCUAGUUUCCAACCCGUUCUUAACAAGGGAUCAAAUUCCCCGAACUCCAGAAAACUUGAUAAGUGAAAUUAGGAGCUCAUGGAGAAAAGCUGUUAAAAUAGAAGAUAACAGAAGUACAGAACCAAUUCGAAUGGAUACUGAACAUAGAGAAGUAUUACCAGAAUCCUUACCUGUGGUGCAUAAUCAAAAAGAGCUUAACAUGGACAGUUUUUUCUCAGCAACUACUGUGUCUGAUUCUAGCCAUUCUCAUUUGCCUGAAGAGAAAGUUGUUUCAGAUUGCCUCAAGUGUGUGCUUCAGAAACCUGUGGUAACCAGUUGCAUAGGUGAACCAACAACACAAAAUCUGUCAGAUUUGUUAAAUAAGGACAUAAUUUGUAAGCAAGAUUUGGAAUGUACAGCUUUACAGAACAAGUUUUUAGAAACUAGCCAAAUAGAGACAUUCUCCCCUGCUGUAGGCAAUAGGAGAGAUGUGAUAGGUAGCAGUGAAGAAGAGUAUAUUAAAAUAUCAGACCACUCGAAAGAUCUUUCCAUGCAUAAAUGUAUGUUAUGGAACUCUUUUCAGAUAUCAAGUGGAAUUAGUUCCAAUUUUAAAGAUAGUGAUUUUGGCAUAUUACAUGAAACUCUUCCAGAAGAAGUUGGUCACUUAAGUCUUAAUAGCUCCAGUAGUACGGAGGCCAAUUUUAAACUCGAACCAAAUAGUCCUAUGCACAGCAGCAUUUUCCCAGAAGGUGCUGUGGGAGGAAGACAGAAUACUCCAGAAUCUGACUUUAAUUUACAGGCUACUUGCAGUGGAUAUGAGGCUCUGAAGAAAUCUCUGCCCAAGCAAAGGGAAGAAAUUUGCCUCUCUAAUCCUGGAACACUUGAAAGACACAAACCAGAAUUGAGCCUUACUUCCCAAUACAUGCAAACUGAUGAUAUGCUUAACUUUUCGGGCACUCAAGAUUCGCACAUUCACUAUACAAAACCAUCUUCACGCAUGUCCCUUGGUGAAGGAAAACGGUCUCUUUCACCACUAAUUAAGUUUUCUCCAGUGGAACAAAGAUUGAGGACCACAAUACCAUGUAGUCUUGGAGAACUUCUACCUAAUUUAACAGUCAAUUUUGCAGAAGAAAUCUUGAAUAAGAGCCUUGAUGCAAAAGAAUCUCCAUCCGACUUGAAAGAUGAAGCAGUAGCCCAGUCAACUUAACUAUGAUGAACUUAAGUUGAAGCAAUGUCACAGGAUAAAAACAUUUGUAAUUUAAAUACACAUUGGAAGUGUAACUUUUUCAGGGUCUAAAAAAGUCCUAAAUAAUGCUUUUUAGCCUUCUCUACUGAUUUUAAGUAAGGAGAGUAUGUUUGGAUUUUCUCUCUCUGUAUGGAUAUGGGAUUGAAAUAUGAAGUAUUUGGGAAGCAAACAAGCUCUGAGAAGCCAUUUUGGUUUCUUGCAUAAUCUUGUAAGCAUGAAGUAAAUGGCAAAGUAUUAGGUUAACUAAUUCAUUAUGUUCUAAUUUCAGUUAAUUAACAUAAGGAUGAGUAGUUUUUGAUGUGUUUUAUUAAGUGGUUAACUUAAUAGCCAUUGGAUAUACUGAUCUUUCUUUUUAGGGAAAUAAACAACUUUUAUUUCUUUUUACAACAUUCUGGUACUGAACAAAAAAAGUGAGGAAAGUAAUGCUUUGGGGUGUAUAAUCAAAAUGACAAAGGUUAAGUUUGGGAAAGCUCUAAAGAGG